AUGGCCGACUUUGCUCAGAUCCCGUCUGGCUCGACCCUCGACGUCAAACCCUUCCAAGUCCACGUCGACGAGGCCACGCUGCAGCACUUUCGCGCCUUGCUCGAGCUCUCCCCAAUUGGCCCGACCACUUUUGAAAACACCAACGCCGGACGCCGCUAUGGCAUGACUCGCGACUGGCUCGCGGCGGCCAAGCACGCCUGGCUGCACGACUUUGACUGGCGCCGUUCCGAGGCCCGAAUCAACUCCUUCCCAAGCUUCCGGGCCCCAGUCCGCGAUGAUGAAACGGGUUACACAACCGACGUGCACUUCCUGGCGCUCUUCUCCGCACGGGCAGAUGCCGUCCCCAUUGUGUUCAUGCACGGCUGGCCGGCGUCCGUCUACGAGUUUCUGGACAUGCUCGACCUGCUCCGCGCCAAGUAUACCUCAGAGACGCUGCCGUACCACAUCAUUGUGCCCUCGCUGCCAGGCUAUGGCUUCUCGGGCGGUCCGCCAGUCGAUUCAGACUACGGAGUCGUGCAGGUCGCCAAGACCAUGCACAAGUUGAUGCUCGGUCUGGGCUUUGGCGCCUCGGGGUAUCUUGCGCAGGGUGGCGACUUGGGCAGCUUUGUCGCCCGCAUCAUGGCGCUGAGUUUCCCGGAAUGUCGGGGGAUGCACGUCAACCAAAUGGGCCUGCCGCCGCCCGGUGUCGAUAUCGACACGCGCGAUGCGGCCGAGGACCACGCGUUUCAGCGAGCCUCCGAGGCGAUUGAUACCGGUUUGGCCUUUGCGAUGCAGCAGGGGACGCGCGGCGCAACAAUGGGUCUAGCUUUGAGCGCGAGCCCGCUCGCGCUGCUGGCAUGGAUUGGGGAGAAAUUCCUCGAGUUUUCGGACCAAGAUCCCCCGCUGGACAAGAUCCUCGAGAGCGUCAUGCUCUACUGGCUGACUGACACGUAUCCGCGUGCUCUGUAUCACAACCGUGGGAUGGGAGACCCGAAAGACGUUCCAGGUAUUGCGAGAUAUAGUGUGGUGGCGGACAAGGCAGUACUUCGCCUUCCAUACGUCGCCAAACCCUGCGGAUACUCCCUGUUUCCGCAAGAGGUCGUGCCCGUCCCGAGAAGCUGGGCUGAAAAGAGCGUCAAUCUCGUGACUUUUAAUGAGCACCAGCAUGGAGGCCAUUUCGCGUCCAUGGAAAGACCAGACGAGUUGUUGGCAGACGUCGAGGAAUAUGUUGCAAAGGUCUGGAAAUCUUGA